UCAGAAGCAGUCUUCUUUUCGUCACCCCAAACGUAACAAUUCUGGACCUUUCUCGGGGAGGCGUGGAUGGAUUAUAUAAUAAAACAACUUGUAUGUAAAUUACCUUUCAUCUAUAUAUUAUAUAAAGCCAUUGCCACCCUCACCAUCCCCACUGCAAGUCCAAAAUACAAAAACAUUUACAAAUUAAGACUACUCGAAAGUUUUCACCAUGGCUCAACCACACUUCCUCCUCGUCACAUUUCCUGCACAAGGUCACAUAAACCCAGGCCUUCAAUUGGCGAAGCGACUUAUAAGCAUUGGCGUGCGUGUGACCUUUGCCACCAGCGACUAUGCCAUCCGCCGCAUUGAAAAAAAUUCCACAACUCAUGCUCAAGGGUUGUCAUUUGCUGCCUUUUCUGAUGGCUAUGAAAAUGGAUAUAAUUCAAGCGUUGACGUCAAUCACUACAUGGGGGAGCUUGAGCGUCUCGGCUCCCUCACUCUAAGUGACUUCAUUGCCUCCAGCACCAAACAAGGUAAUGGGUUCACAUGCAUAGUUUAUUCUAUACUUAUCCCUUGGGUAGCAAAAGUGGGUAAAGCUCAUAACGUUCCAACUACACUUUUUUGGAAUCAAACUGCCAUUAUGUUUGGUAUCUAUUAUUAUUACUUCAAGGGUUAUGGCGAUGUCAUAAGGAAUAACAUUGAAGAUCCCUCAUUUUCGGUAUCAUUACCAGGAUUGCCGGAGCUCCGUAGCCGAGACCUUCCUUCUUUUUUUAUCCCUUCAGAUCCAUAUUCUUUGGCGCUUCCAGCAUUUAAAGAGCACCUAGAUAUCCUUGAUGAAGAAACCAACCCAAAAAUACUUGUCAACACGUACGAUACAUUAGAGUCAGAGGCCUUAAAAGCAAUUCAUCAGUAUAACAUGGUUGGAAUUGGACCGUUGAUUCCAUCAGCUUUUUUGGAUGGGAAAGAUCCAUCUGAUACUUCCUUUGGAGGUGAUUUGUUCAUGGGUUAUCAUAAUGAAUACGUGGAAUGGCUCAACGCAAAGCCUAAAUCAUCAGUUAUCUACGUUUCGUUUGGAAGUCUUUCCGUGUUGUCAAAGCCACAAAUGGAAGAGCUUGCAAGGGGAUUGAUAGACACAGGUCGUCCAUUCUUGUGGGUUAUAAGAUCUAAAGAAGGCGGAGAAGAGGAUAAAGAAGAAGAUAACUUGAGUUGUAAAGAAGAGCUGGAAAAGCAAGGGAAGAUAGUGCCCUGGUGUUCACAAGUAGAGGUUUUGUCUCAUCCUUCGGUGGGAUGUUUUGUUACACACUGCGGGUGGAAUUCGACCUUUGAAAGCUUAUGUUCUGGGGUGCCAACCGUGGCUUUUCCUCAGUGGACAGAUCAAGCCACAAAUGCAAAGCUCCUGGAAGACGUGUGGAAGACAGGAGUAAGAGUGAAUGUUAAUGAAGAAGGGAUUGUUGAGGGGCCUGAGAUUAAGAGGUGUUUAGAAAUAGUACUGGGAGAUGAAGAAAAAGGGAAAGAAAUGAGAAGGAAUGCCAAGAAAUGGAAGGACUUGGCUAGAGAAGCUGCCAAGGAAGGUGGGUCUUCGGACAAGAAUCUUAACAACUUUGUGGAAAAGAUUGCAAAAGGCUGGUAGAGAUUAAGAAUUUGCUCACUUCUAUUGAUUAUUGUUUCCAGUUCUCUCUCUUUUUGUUUUUUUAUUUUAUCUUUCGCUAGAGAUGACGUGAAAGUAUAACGACUGGUCUUGUUCUGAUCCAUAAAAUCCUUUGGACCAUUAAUGUUAGUUGAAGUGUUGUUAUAUGUUGUCAAUAAUACUGAAAGAUGUUUCUUUUCA